CAGACGGUACAUGCUCCAACUACAAGGCUUGGCGCUAUGGUGUCGACAAGCACCUCCUCAGUCGCAAGGUGAAGGGGCUCGAGCUCACCGCCGUUCUUCUCAACAUUGGUGACGGCAAAGAGCCUCCUAAACCCAAGAGGUCUGGCAAUCCAGCUAAUGGCGCCGCCAAAGCAGUUUAUACUGCUGCACUGCUCAAGUACAUGAAUUGAGAGAAGGCCGAUGGUGCGGUGAUUAGUGUUUUCAUGGGCACCACUCCUCCCGAACUCGUCGAAACGUACCACAACUACCCGUCUGCCAACGCCAUUUGGCUCCACCUCGAAGACCGCUUCCUCAACAAGACUGCAGUGGGAGUUGCUAUACUCAUCCCCAGCAUGUUCCAAAUGUGCUUGGUUUGUGCAUGACAUCGAGCACAUUCCAACGAGCCAAGAAUUGUUGGAAUCGGAGCACAUAUGAAGAAGUUAUGAAGAAAUGUUUGAUGGAUUUGUUACAACUCAUUGGAAGUCCUUGUGAGCUGCUACACCAAAGUUGGAGAGCCCUAUAACGAGGAGGGACCAGCAUGUGUGGGACUUUUGUCCCCACCCUGCAGCUGCAGCAUUUGGGGUUUGGAGGCCAACCUGUCCAAGGAGGCAGCUCAACCCAAGAUUCUGGCAUUGCAGCGCAAAGGGGAGCGCAUACAAGCCAGGGGUCACUGCUUAAGGAGGUGCUGAAGAGCUUCACCAUUGAGAAGUUCUCUGGAGAUGGCUAUGACGAUUGGGCAUGGAAGAUGCAGCUCUACUUUCGACAAAUUGGCCUCUUGAAGCUCAUGAUUGGAACGGAGCCAAGGCCAAAGGAAAUGGCAGAGCAAGCGGACUGGGAUGAACGUUCAUCUGCUGGGUAUUAUCUACUGUCACAAAGCUUGGAGCUGAACCAGAGGCAUCGCAUCAUGCAUCUGCUACCGGAAAUUGAUUGUGGGCCCAAGGCAUGGGCAGUGCUCAAGGACCUGCACGCUCCGACAUCGGUUGCCGCUUCUCUCAUGCUGGAUCGGGAGCUGUCCAUGCUGCGGUUGAGCGAGAAUGAACCUGUGCAGCCCGUACUGGACAAGAUGAGGGAACUCUACGCGAAAUUGGCGAUUGCAGGCAUCACGUACCCUGAGCAGACUAAAUUCUGGAAGAAGAUUUUCGUCGCUGUACACUGCGCGGAGGUGAUGACAGCACCAGCGGCUAUGCCAUGCAAGGGACAUGGAGGGAUCGAGGGCGUGGCAAUCGCGGUCGCUCCUACUACAACCAAGGUGGUCGCGGGACUUGGAACCAGCGGGGGCGUGGUGGCGCUGGUGCAAGAGGAAGAGGUGGUCACUCCAACAAUGACAACAGUGAACCACGCUUGAGGGGAGAGUGCUGGUAUUGC